AUGUUGGAGGGUGGUGCCAAAUUCCCUGGAAUUAUAGGUCUAAACAACCAUGACAACAACUACUAUGAUUUGUCGCAAGGCUUUUACCACAAACUCCAUGAGGGUGAGGGUGAGGGUACCAACAUGUCUAUUGACAGUAUGCAAACGAGCAAUGAUGGAGGCUCUGUUGCCAUGUCUGUAGAUAACAGCAGCGUUGCUUCAAAUACUAACGAUUCCCAUACUCGCAUCUUGAACCACCAAGGGUUACGGCGACGUGCAAAUGACAACUACUCUGUCCAAACCAGUGUUAACCGCCGAGGAAGAGUCACACAUGCUCUGAGCGAUGAUCAGCUUGCUCGAGCCCUAAUGGACAGCCAUUCCUUGACACAGGGGCUUGAGAAUUACGAAGAGUGGACAAUUGACUUAACAAAGCUAAACAUGGGUGAAGCUUUUGCACAAGGUGCUUUUGGGAAGCUAUAUAGAGGUACUUACAAUGGUGAGGAUGUUGCUAUUAAAAUUCUGGAGCGGCCAGAAAAUGACCCAGAAAAGGCCCAGGUCAUGGAGCAACAGUUUCAACAGGAAGUCAAGAUGCUGGCUGCAUUGAAACAUCCAAACAUAGUUCGUUUUAUUGGUGGCUGCCGUAAACCAAUGGUUUGGUGUAUUGUAACAGAGUAUGCUAAGGGCGGUUCAGUUAGGCAGUUCUUGAUGAAGCGGCAGAGCCGAUCAGUUCCGUUGAAAUUAGCAGUCAAGCAAGCUUUGGAUGUUGCGAGGGGGAUGGCAUAUGUUCAUGCUCUUGGGCUGAUUCAUCGUGACUUAAAAUCUGACAACCUGUUGAUUUUUUCAGACAAAUCAAUAAAAAUUGCUGAUUUUGGGGUUGCCCGUAUUGAGGUGCAGACAGAAGGCAUGACACCAGAGACUGGGACGUACCGUUGGAUGGCUCCGUAA